AUGGAUCAUCAUCAAUCCACGGCCCAAAAGCACCACCGUUUUUCUCUCCCAAUUGUAAUCAAGAGACAACUCUUGUAUGCAAUAUCUUUUCUCAUCUUCCUAAUCUUAUCGGUCCUUGUCUUCGAUCUUCUACCCCCUUUCGAGCCCCACCAACUUUCUCGUUUUGGUUUCUUGUCACAAAUCCUACUAAACAAUAAAAAAUCAUCACAAGGAUCUUGUAAUUACUCUUAUGGAAGAUGGGUACGGGAUGAAAGUUAUUACAAGAUUCAAUCAUAUGAUGAAACCUGCCCGUUCCUCGAUCCUGGCUUUCGAUGCCGUCAAUGUGGAAGGAAAGACGUAGAGUAUCUCAACUGGCGAUGGCAGCCAAAGGGAUGUGAAAUACCAAGAUUUAAUGCGAGUGACCUUCUAGAGAGGAGCAGGAAUGGAAGAAUAGUGUUUGCUGGAGACUCCAUUGCAAGAAACCAAUGGGAGUCCUUCCUAUGCAUGUUAGGCCAAGGAGUUCAUAACAAGUCAACCAUAUAUGAAGAACAUGGAAAACCCAUAACUAAACACAAGGGCUUCCUCUCUAUGCGUUUCAGUGAAUACAAUCUCACAGUUGAAUACUACAGAGUACCCUUUCUUGUGGUCGUCGGUCGGCCUACACUUAAUUCUUCUACUGAAGUCAAAAUGACCAUUAAGGUCGACCGAAUGCAUUGGUUCUCCAGAAAGUGGGUCGGAGCAGAUAUUUUGGUUUUCAGUGGAGGCCAUUGGUGGAAUGAAGAUAAAACUGUCAAGAUGGGCUGCUAUUUUGAGGAUGGAGGAAAAGUGAAUACGUCGAUGAGUGUGAUGGAAGCAUUUCAAAGAUCUCUACAAACAUGGAAGUCAUGGGCAUUACAGAAUUUAGAUCGCGAGAGUUACAUUUUCUUUCGCAGCUUCUCUCCAGUACAUUACAGGAAUGGAACAUGGAAUACCGGGGGUCGAUGUGAUGUGGACAUGCAACCUGAGACAAACUACACUAAUCUAGAGCCUGAGCCUGUUAAUAAUCAAUUGAUUUCCGAUAUGAUCAAACAAAUGGAGUUGGAAUACAGAAAUAGCAAAGUUCAGUAUUUAAACAUCACAUAUCUGACACAGUUCAGGUUUGAUGGACACCCUUCAGUCCACCGCGAGCCAGGCACUCCAGUUCCUGCUCCACAAGACUGCAGCCACUGGUGCUUGCCCGGAGUACCAGAUGUAUGGAAUGAAAUUCUAUAUGCUCAUUUACGGUCAAUGGGAUUCAAAACCAAGUGAUAU